CAGGAGAUCCACUCAGCUGGAGCGGCGCUCUGAGCGGGCCGGCAGCAGCAGGUCAGUGGGAUCUCCUCUCUUCCAGGACGUCCCUGUGUGAGUUUCUUCCAUGAUUUAUACACAAGUUCUCCUGCUUUGACCAGACGGGGGGGGUUGCUCUGGAGACGCUGUCCAUGGAGCCUGAUGGGACUUUAAAGAGGUGGAGGCUCUAAACGUUCAGAUUCGGAGGAACAGCGACUGUUUUCAACCGCAAAGCCAAGGUAGAGGGUCUCCGCAGGAACCAUGGAGGAAGCCAAAGACCAGGAGGCGACGGUGAGCAAAGCCCUCUCCCAGUUUGAGGCGACUCUGCAGGCGGCCGUGAAGGAGGUGCACGUGGACGUCAACGCCUUCAAGCGCGGCAUCGAUCAGAGGAUCGACGAGCUGUGCGUCGCCAACGGACCCCUGGCUGCGGCCGUGACCAGGCUGCAGGAGGAGAACCGGCAGCUCGGGGCCAAGCUGGAGGCCCUCAGCCAGCUGGUGGAGGCGCUCCAGAGGAGCCUCCCCGAGGAGAAAAGGAGUCAGAGGGAAAGUGUGGAGAACGGUGAGACCGAGGAGGACCAGACCAGCCCGGUCGACUCUGCAGAAUCCACCUGCUCCCAUUCAGAGCCGUCGAGAAAUGCUCCUGCUGCUCCUGCUGGUGGCUCAACGGCUCCUCCUCCAUGGAGAGCAAGGAGGCACGCAGAACUUAAUGGCACUGAUGCAAAAGGGGAUAAAAAAGUUUCACAUGGAGCCACAACGGUUGAAGAAACCCCCCAACGGCAAGAACCCACAUCAGUACACUGCGGUGUAACCCAUCCUGCCGACGCCCCCUCCCAGUCCCACCGACCUGUGACGGCAUUCACCAAACCCAGCCCCGAGUCUGCUGCCGUGGAAACGGCCGUCAGACCCGACAGCGAUGACCUACAGCCACACCUGCCGGUCACUGCCAUGACAACCAAACUCAGUCCAGAGGUUUUGGUUGCUGACAAACCUGCUCAGUCUCCAGGAUCGGCACCAAAAGCAUCAGGAGAAGAUCAGCAUCCAGCAGGAACGUCUCAGCCGAACGAGUCCAGGAGCGCCGCGCCGCAGAGGCCAUCAGAGGCCGCCAUCCCGGCUUUACCUCACUUCAGCCUCCCAGCUGCAGCCAAAAGCGUCUCGGAGGUUCCUGCAGCGUCCAAACCCAAUCCGCUUCCUGUCUCAGGCCCUGACCCAUCACCGCGAGAAUCGCCUUCGGUGAAGCGAAGCGAGCAUCCGUUUAGACGAGACACGAACGAACCCAAGUCCCACUCGGCUCUCUCUGCCAUGACCAGGCUGAACGCCGAGUCCAGCUCGCCACCUUCGAUAGCUCAGCCUCCGAGCCUUUCAGCAGCACUGCAGCCAUCAGUAAAACCCGGAGAGUAUCCCUUUAAACGAACUCCUGUUCUCAAGACACCAAGUCCCAGUUUAAAAAGAAGCGUGAGCUUUCCUCAGUCUGCAGAAAAAUUACUUCCAUCCAAAUCGAUCAUAAAAUCUGGAUUCUCACCAAAUCUGGACAAGAGAUUAAACAAACCGGAGGGGCUGGACGCGAUGAAAUCGCAAACGCUUCCUCGCUCCAACGGGGCUCAAGCCAAACGGGCUCUGUUUGAAAGGAUGAACUCUGAGCCCACAAAGCCAAAGGACUCCAAACCUAAACUGAAGCGCUCACAGAGCUUCGGAGUGUCCAGCGCCAGCGGGAUCAAACAGAUUCUCCUGGAAUGGUGUCGCUCUAAAACCAUCGGCUAUAAGAACAUCGACAUCCAGAACUUCUCCUCCAGCUGGAGCGACGGGAUGGCUUUCUGCGCUCUCGUCCACUCCUUCUUCCCUCUGGAGUUCGAUUACAACGCUCUGGGCCCCGCCAACCGCAAACACAACCUGGAACUGGCCUUCACCACAGCAGAGGAGCAGGCCGACUGUCUGCGCCUGAUCGAAGUGGACGACAUGCUGGAGAUGGGGGACAAGCCGGACCCCAUGUGUGUGUUUACGUACGUCCAGUCCCUCUACAACCACCUGAAGAAGUUUGAGUAGCUCUGCAUCAGAGUCGGUGGUGACGUGCGGUUGUUUUAGGCACAAAAUAGUUUUAGACUCACCAGUUGAUCAGUUUGACACUGAUGUGUGUGUGUGUGUGUGUGUCACUAACAUCCCCCCCCUUCAGUCAGCCUUUAAAAUGAACUAGUGAUUCUUAAAAAUGAUCUUUCUGAGAAAUCUGUAGUGAAGUGUGUUGAAGAAGUAAAGAAAAUUAUUUUUAAACAGUG